CCCUCUCACGCACUGGGUGAUUGAUUCGGGUUGCACCAGUCACAUGACCCCACGGGCAGAUUUGCUUGAUGAGGUAAAACCCCCUGGGAAGAUCAAGUAUGUGGCAGCAGCGUCAGGUGCUUUGCUCCCUGUCAUUGGUGUUGGAAAUGCCAAGGUUAAGGGAGCUAAUGGGGAGCUUGUGGGGCUUGGGAAUGUUCUGCUGGUUAAAGGCUUGUCUGCUAACCUUCUCUCUGUGCGACGACUGCAGAAGAGCAAGGCCGAAGUGACCUUUGGACCAACCAGCUGCCGUGCUAAGCUUGGGAAGAAGGUGCUAUGGAGUCUGGAAGAGGAGACCAGUUGCAUCAAGGACCUGUGGCAGCUGCCCAUCAUCCCAUGGAAUGGGAAGACUCCAACAGCAGCAACGGCAGCAGCGGCAAAGGCAACAGCAGGAGGAGAUGCAACUGCACCAACUGAUGGGAUGAGUUGCAGCAGCCUUCAAGACAGGUAGAGGUUGCAGUGUCAGAGGAGGAGAUGUCUGGGGUG